AUGAAACUCCUCAUUCUAGCAGUGGCAGUGUCCCUGGCGGCCCUCGCCAGCGGAUCGUACGUUCCGAGCACGCAAACCGAAGCAAAGUAUGCCGACAAGGAAAUGCUGUUCAAGAUGAAGUUCUUCUUCGAGGUGCUUCGCAACAUCCACAUGCCGCUGAAGUAUGACGAGUACAUGCCAUACACCAAGACCUGGAUUACGGACGAGUCCAAGUACACGGACUUUAGCCAAGUGAGCGAGUUCUUCGACUGGUACAAGACGGGGCAGUUCUUGGAGAAGGGUGAAGUGUUCACCAUCUACAACGAGCUGUACCUGCGCCAGACGUACGCCCUCUUCAGCUUCCUGUACAACAGUGCCGACUGGGACACGUACUACAAAAACGUAAUCUGGGCUCGCGAGAACAUCAACGAGGGCAUGUUCAUCUAUGUCAUUCACCUGACCGUGAUGCACUACCCGGCUCUGCAGGGCAUUGUGCUGCCUGCCAUCUACGAGAUCUAUCCGUACUACUUCUUCAACACCGACGUGAUUCGCACCAUCAGCUACAAGAAGCUGGUGGAGCCGAAGUUCGGUUUCUAUGCCAACGGCAAGUACAACGUCGUGCACGCCAACUACACCGCUUCGUACCCGGUCGACUACUACAACAACUUCCACAGCGAGGAAAUGAUGAGCUACUUCACCGAAGAUAUUGGCCUGAAUGCGUACUACUACUACUUCAUGAUGGACUAUCCGUUCUUCCUGGGCGGUGACAAGUUCGGGCUGAUGAAGGAUCGGCGCGGCGAGCUGUACUGGUACACGCACAAGAUGCUGCUGGCCCGCUACAACCUGGAGCGCAUGUCGAACUAUAUGGGCACGGUGAAGCCGCUGGUGUGGCGCUUCCCGCUCAAGACCGGGUACUUCUCGAUGCUCAGCUACUGGAACGGUGUGCCGUUCAAGAGCCGCGACUACAACUACGUGAUCAGCGACGAGAUGUACUACAAAGUGGACUGGGUGCAUGGCUGGGAGAUGAAGAUUCGGCAGAUAAUCGAGCAGGGCUAUUUCAUUAUGGCCGACGGAACGCGCAUCGACCUGCGCCUGCCGGAAUCGAUCAACUUCUUCGGCGACCUGCUCAACUCGAACAUCGAUGGCAUGGAGGGCACGUUCGCCGGCUACAUCGAGGUCUUCUCCCGGCUGCUGCUGUCCGGCAACAACUUCAACGCCUACAAGGUGUGGCCGUCCGCGCUGAUGCAGUACGAGACGAGCCUGCGCGACCCGCUGUUCUACCAGCUGUACGAGCGCUUCAUGGACCUGUACUACUACUACAAGCGCUUCCUGCCCAGCUACACAUUCGACGAGCUGAACUUCAAGGGGGUCGUGGUGAAGGAUGUCGUCUUCGACAAGCUCAUCACCUACUUCGACUUCUUCGACUCGGACGUCUCGAACGUGCUGCCGAUGCCGUCCACCGACAAGUACUUCGACUACAGCGUGUACGCCCGCCAGUACCGCCUCAACCACAAGCCCUUCACCUACACGAUGAACGUGAUGUCCGAGUACACUGGCAAGGCGAUCGUGCGCUUGUUCUUCGGUCCGAAGUUCGACAAACUGUUCGAUCUGCAGUACUACAAGAAGUACUUCUACGAGGUGGACCAGUACCUGGUCGAUGUGGUCACCGGCAAGAACUCGAUCGUGCGCAGCUCGCGCGACUACUUCUGGAGCGUCAAGGACCGCACCAUGUACACGGAUCUGUACAAAAAGAUCAUGCUCGCGUACAACGGGCAGGAGAAGUUCUACAUGGACAUGUCGGAGGCUCACUGCGGCUUCCCGGAUCGGCUGAUCCUGCCGAAGGGCUGGACCAGCGGUAUGCCGAUGCAGUUCUACUUCAUCAUCACGCCGUUCAUGGGCACCCACGAGCAGCAGACGGUUGCCGCGUACGACAAAUCGUUCUCGUGCGGAGUCGGUAGCGGAAUGCGCUUCUACGAUACCCUCCCGAUGGGCUAUCCGUUCGAUCGGUACAUCAACUUCAGCUACUUCUACACCAAGAACAUGUACUUCAAGGACGUGCUGAUCUACCACAGCGACGAGUACAAGAUGAACGUUACCUACUAGACACUCCGAUCCGAGCCGUGACAUGUGGCCGACGAUGGGCG